GGGGCCGCACUGCCGGCGCUGUCUCCACACCAUGAAUUACCCCGGCCGCGGUUCCCCGCGGAGCCCGGAGCCUAACGGCCGGGGCGGCAGCGCCGCCUGGGAGCUGGGCUCGGACGCGGAGCCCCCGUUCGGCGGCGGCGUCUGCUGCUUCGAUCACCUGCCCGGCGGGGACCCCGGCGACGGCCAGGUGCCCCUGGCGCUGCUGCGCGGGGAGCCGGGGCUGCACUUGGCGCCGAGCGCCGAGGACCGCGGCCACCCGCUGGCGCUGGACCCCUGCCUCAGUGACGAGAACUAUGACUUCAGCUCGGCCGAGUCGGGGUCCUCGCUGCGCUACUACAGCGAGGGCGAGAGCGGCGGCGCCGGCAGCACCUCGUCGCUGCACCCGGCGCAGCAGCCGCCGCUGGUCGCGUCCAACUCCGGAGGCGGCGGGGCCGCGGGAGGGGGCCCCGGGGAGAGGAAGCGCACCCGGCCGGGGGGCUCCGCCGCCCGGCACCGCUACGAGGUGGUGACGGAGCUGGGCCCGGAGGAGGUGCGCUGGUUCUACAAGGAGGACAAGAAGACCUGGAAGCCCUUCAUCGGCUACGACUCGCUCCGCAUCGAGCUCGCCUUCCGGACCCUGCUGCAGGCCACGGGCGGCCAGCCCCAGGCCGAGGACCCGGACGGCGACCCCGCGGGCGGCCCGGCCUCCCCGGCGGAGGACGAGGAUGAGGACGGCGUCUGCGGCUUCUGCCCGCGCGCGGCGGGGCCGGAGCCCGAGAUGGAGGAGCUGGUGAACGUCGAGCGGGUGUGUGUGCGGGGCGGCCUCUACGAGGUGGACGUGACCCAGGGAGAGUGCUACCCGGUGUACUGGAACCAGGCUGAUAAAAUACCAGUAAUGCGUGGGCAGUGGUUUAUUGAUGGUACUUGGCAACCUCUAGAAGAAGAAGAAAGUAAUUUAAUUGAGCAAGAACAUCUCACCUGUUUUAGAGGUCAGCAGAUGCAGGAAAAUUUUGAUAUUGAAGUGUCAAAACCCAUAGAUGGAAAAGAUGGCAGUGGGAUCAGCUAUUCUGUUGUCUACCACCUCCCUCCCUUCUCCCUCCCUUCUCUGUUCAAAUGGAGAGGAUAUAAGGAGAAUACAGAUGCAGCAGGUCUUAAGCGAAAGCGUUCCCAAGCUAUUCAUAGUUUCAAGCUGAGUCGAAAUCAUGUGGAUUGGCACAGUGUGGAUGAAGUUUAUCUUUAUAGUGAUGCAACAACAUCUAAAAUUGCAAGAACAGUUACCCAAAAACUAGGAUUUUCUAAAGCAUCAAGUAGUGGGACCAGACUUCAUAGAGGUUAUGUAGAAGAAGCCACAUUAGAAGACAAGCCAUCACAGACCACCCAUAUUGUAUUUGUUGUGCAUGGUAUUGGGCAGAAAAUGGACCAAGGAAGAAUUAUCAAAAAUACAGCCAUGAUGAGAGAGGCUGCAAGAAAAAUGGAAGAAAGGCAUUUUUCCAAUCAUGCAACACAUGUUGAAUUUCUGCCUGUUGAGUGGAGGUCAAAACUUACUCUAGAUGGAGAUACUGUUGAUUCCAUUACUCCUGACAAAGUUCGAGGCUUAAGGGAUAUGUUGAACAGCAGUGCAAUGGACAUAAUGUAUUAUACAAGUCCACUUUAUCGGGAUGAACUAGUUAAAGGCCUUCAGCAAGAGCUGAAUCGAUUAUAUUCCCUUUUCUGUUCUCGGAAUCCAGACUUUGAGGAAAAGGGGGGUAAAGUGUCAAUAGUGUCACAUUCCUUGGGAUGUGUAAUUACUUAUGAUAUAAUGACUGGCUGGAAUCCAGUUCGACUCUAUGAACAGUUACUGCAGAAGGAAGAAGAAUUGCCUGAUGAACGAUGGAUGAGCUAUGAAGAAAGACAUCUUCUUGAUGAACUCUAUAUAACGAAACGACGGCUGAAAGAAAUAGAAGAACGGCUACAUGGAUUAAAGGCUUCAUCUAUGUCACAAACACCUGCCUUAAAAUUUAAGGUGGAGAAUUUCUUCUGCAUGGGAUCCCCACUAGCAGUUUUUUUGGCAUUGCGUGGUAUCCGCCCAGGAAACUCUGGAAGUCAAGACCAUAUUUUGCCUAGACAGAUUUGUAACCGGUUACUAAAUAUUUUUCAUCCAACAGAUCCAGUGGCUUAUAGAUUAGAACCAUUGAUACUGAAACACUACAGCAACAUUUCACCUGUUCAGAUCCACUGGUAUAAUACUUCAAAUCCUCUACCUUAUGAGCAUAUGAAGCCAAGCUUUCUCCAUCCAGCAAAAGAACCUACCUCAAUUUCAGAGAAUGAAGGCAUUUCAACAAUACCAAGCCCUGUGACCUCACCAGUUUUAUCCCGCCGACACUAUGGGGAAUCUAUAACAAAUAUAGGCAAAGCAAGCAUACUAGGGGCUGCUAGCAUUGGAAAGGGACUUGGAGGAAUGCUGUUCUCAAGAUUUGGACGUUCAUCUGCUCCACAGCCAUCGGAGACAUCAAAAGACACUAUAGAAGAAGAGAAGAAGCCAGUUCCCUCGCCUCCUACUACCACUGUGGCAACACAGACUCUUCCACAUAGCACUUCUGGCUUUCUUGAUUCUGCAUAUUUCAGACUUCAGGAAUCGUUAUUUAAUCUCCCACAACUUCUUUUUCCGGGAAAUGUAAUGCAGAAUAAAGAUAAUGCCCUCGUGGAAUUGGAUCACAGAAUUGAUUUUGAACUCAGAGAAGGCCUUGUGGAGAGCCGCUAUUGGUCCGCUGUCACAUCGCAUACUGCCUAUUGGUCAUCUUUGGAUGUUGCCCUCUUUCUCUUAACCUUUAUGUACAAACAUGAGCACGAUGAUAAUGCAAAGGCCAAUUUAGAUCCAAUCUGAACUCUUGAAGGACAUUGUUGGCCCAAAACUGAUUUUUUUCCUGUUAAAAUAUGAGUGUCAAGAUAUGGAGAUUUCAGGUUUAAGUAUGUUUCAGUUUUGUUUAGGGCAGAAAAUAAUUUUAAAGCACUUUAUUUAAAAAAGAAAAAACAUUUCUCAGUCCAAAAGAAGUUAUUUUCAAUUUUCAUCAUUUUGAUUAUGAAUCUGACAGAACUCCCUGCAGAGAAUCAAGCAUGACCUGGAAUUGAGGAAGGUUUGGAUAAAUGUCAGGUUAUAAAUCACAAUCUAAUUUCUCCCAAAUAUAAAGGUAUAUUAUUGGGCUGAAUCUAAUGUAGUAAACAAAUAUGUUAUAACUCUAAAAUGGUCAGGAUAUCCAGCAUAUCCCUGUGUAAAAUUCCUAAGGUGGUAUCAUCAUGAUGUCUAUGAAAGAUUCCAUUUCCACAGUUCUUUGAAAGAAGAGCAUAAAAGAUUUAAAGUGUGUUGAAAUUAACUUGUUUAGAAAACUAAUGCUAAAACAAAAAUAUUUGAACUAUUUUUAAUUUAUUUCCUCUAAUUACUUUAUUUCAAUGUGUGAAAUAUUACAUUCUUUAAAAUAUUUUUCUUUGAACAAUUUAAGAACCACAUUUAUUUUCUCUAGUGUUUUUUUCCCAGAAAUCCAUCUUUGUACUCUUCAGAUGAAUAUAUAGACACUGUGGCUUACUUUCAGUAUUUUUUUCCAUUAAAAAUUUAUGGUUUCACACA